UGAAAAUCUUGUGAUUAACGACCGUUACCGACCACGCUGCUGCCAGUCAUCACGUCCUCCUUCCCAAUUCUUAGAAAUUGCGGGCACGAAGAUAUACUCUCUGACUGCAUAAUACGUUAUCAAGCUUCUUUUCCUCUUCGAUGGCAUCUUCCAUGAGCACAAGACGCUUAAUAAUCCUGGAUGUUGCUCUAUUCCUAGCUUCACAGGCAGCGGUUUACUGUGCUAUUCGCUGGUACUUCAAGCGGAGUGACGACCGGACAACAAAGAGUGCUGAAGCAAUCAAGAAGAUCAUCGGGCAAAAGAACCUCAAGCUAGAUGAGUAUGAGAGAGCGAUAUCAAAGGAGGUUGUUCACCCAGACGAAAUUACCGUCCGAUUUAACGACAUCGGGGGUUUGGAGUCAAUCGUAUCGUCUCUCCGCGAAACCAUAAUUUAUCCUUUAAUCCACCCCGCUCUUUUCACCUCAGCGUCUCCACUCCUUGGGGCCCCAAAAGGUGUUCUACUCUACGGACCUCCGGGAUGUGGGAAGACUAUGCUUGCUCGUGCGCUGGCCAAGGAGUCAGGCGCAACAUUCAUUAACGUUCCCGCAUCAACCCUCACAAAUAAGUGGUUUGGUGAGUCCAACAAGCUAGUCGCAGGUCUGUUCAGCCUCGCCCGGAAGGUCCAACCUGCGAUCAUAUUUGUUGACGAGAUCGACUCCUUCCUGAGGGAACGCCGCGGAGAUGACCACGAGGUCAUGGGUAUGAUGAAGGCAGAAUUCAUGACUUCAUGGGAUGGCUUGACAUCAGGCUCUGAUAGGAUACUAGUGCUCGGCGCGACAAACAGACCGGGUGACAUUGACCCUGCAAUUCUGCGGCGCAUGCCGAAGCGGUUCGCUGUGUCUCUUCCAGAUGCAGAACAAAGAUUCAAAAUUCUGUCCCUAAUGCUCAAGGACACGAAACUGGAUCCCCAGAUUUCCCUGCGCCUCCUUGCUUCUCAGACAACCGGAUUCUCUGGUUCUGAUUUGCGCGAAUUAUGCCGCAAUGCUGCGAUGGUCCCAGUGAGGGAAUGUAUGCGCGCCAUGGAGCACGACGAAGAAGCGUUGAUGAAGGUCGAGAAAGAGGGCUUCAAUAUGCGUUCGCUCACCCUCACCGAUUUCUACGAAGCGGAGGGAUCGACGCUCCAAGCACCCGAUCCAGAGGAUGAACCCAUAUCAUUGCAAGCAUUCAUCGACACUCAUCCGGAGCUGAGUACACGGACAGACAAGGAUCUUGCAACAAGGGAAGUUUCGGUCAUCGAGGAAGUUUCCGAGUACGAGAGUGAUAACGAGUCAAGACUCCAAACCGACGACGAAUCGACGGUACUUGGCGGCGACGAUGCAUCGGCACUGAAAGAUGAGAACAGUGGGGACUCAUGAUAUCUAUCCCAUUUAUUACGCCUCCAGUUUCAUGGACUGCAUUAUUGAGUAGCACUAUCAUAUAGAGUAGACAUGACUGAUCAUCUCCACUGUGAGAAAAUCUUAAGAAGAAUGGGAGAACGGUUUCGGGAGGAGUCGCGCGCUCGCGUGGUUUGCGCUUGCGCCGCGUAGAUACGC